AACCAAAGAAGCAAACAAUUUAUUAUCAUGGAAGCAAUUAUAACCAGUAAGAAGUCAACUCACAAUAAGAUGAAAUCCAGAUUGGUCAUUCUGUCAUUUCAUGCCUCAGCAUGUAAAGGCAUAAGAUUCCCAGACAACCAGUGCAACAUCCUACAUAGUUUUCAAGUUGUGCAAUGAUUACCAAUUAUGUAUUAGUAAAAGCCACCUUGCACCUCCCAAGCUCAUUCACUCCAACACAAUAACUCAACUUCAGAUGGCGAGAAGGCAUACACUCAUCCUCCUCCUCUUAGCAUGGUUUAUCUUCGUGGCUUUUCAAUGCAAUAGCGCAUUCAGCAAGGUUCAAGCUACUAGAUCAGUCAAUUUCAAGCUACGAUCUUCACAGUCCAGCUCGAAGUGGCCAACCAAGCAUCAUGUUCCUUCUUGGGAUGGUACGAGAAAAAUUCAUAAAACGCCAUCUGGACCAAAUCCAGUUGGAAACCAACGCCCACCGACAAGACCGUGAAUAAAUGCAAGUGAUUCUGCAAGAAGAGUAGAGCUGACAAUGCAGGAGCAUCUAUUUAAGAGUUAGGAUAUUGUGGGUGUACAAAAAUGCGAAAGUAAUUACAAUUUCAAUUUCAUUAUGCUUCUCUAUUGUAUCCUUAAUUUAUCUGGCAGUGAAUAGUGCAUGCAGUUACUUUCUGAA